AUUAAUUUGGAUUAAUUGUUCUUGUGGGCCCCACCUCCUUUCCACUUCUUAAAAUCUCAGCCAUCCAUUCAACCCCUUCACUCCUAUAUAUUUGGCCCCCAUUCUCCUCUCCUUUCUCCAAGUUACUUCUCUUCCUCUUCCUUCUAAGCUUGCUUGCUUCUUCCUAUACCUUCCAUAUCACAUCUCCUUCUGAUCAAUUGCUAAAAGAAGCUCAUCCAAGAGCAUCAAUGUCAAGCUUUGAAGAAUCUAAGAGGGAGAAGGUCAUCAGAUGUGGAGAGACGAAUGGUGGAGAAAUGAAGGGUGGAGAAGAAGAGGAAUAUACACUAGAUGGUUCUGUGGACAGACAUGGGCUGCCUGCAAUCAAAGGAAGGAGUGGUGGAUGGCAUGCUGGAUUUCUAAUACUUGUGAAUCAAGGGCUAGCAACGCUGGCGUUUUUCGGUGUGGGGGUGAAUCUGGUGCUAUUCCUAACGAGAGUACUGCAACAAGACAACGCAGACGCAGCGAACAACGUUAGCAAAUGGACAGGCACUGUCUACAUCUUCUCUCUCGUCGGUGCCUUCGUUAGCGAUUCUUACUGGGGCCGUUACAAGACAUGUGCUAUUUUCCAAGUCAUCUUUGUACUUGGAUUGGUGCUACUGUCCUUAUCAUCCUACCUUUUCCUACUCAAGCCUGUUGGUUGUGGGGACAGGCUAUCCCUAUGUGGGCCCCACUCCACCUUUGAGAUUGGUGUGUUCUAUCUGUCCAUUUACUUGAUCGCCCUAGGCAACGGGGGAUACCAGCCGUCCAUCGCCACCUUUGGGGCGGACCAGUUCGAUGAGGAGGACCCGACAGAGGGACUCUCGAAGGUGGCCUUUUUCAGCUACUUUUACCUGGCUUUGAACCUUGGGUCCCUCUUCUCAAACACCAUAUUGGGAUAUUUUGAGGACGGUGGGAGGUGGGCCCUAGGCUUUUGGGUGUCCGCUGGCUCAGCCUUCAUAGCUCUAGUCUUGUUUCUCUUUGGGACCCCAAGGUAUAGACAUUUCAAGCCAGUUGGUAACCCUCUCCCGAGGGUCUGCCAAGUGGUCAUCGCUGCCGCGAAGAAAUGGAGGGUUGAGAUGCCGCCAAGUGGCACUGACCUAUAUCAGGUUGAUGGGAAGGAAUGUGCCAUCAGUGGAGGUAGAAGGAUACUUCACACCCAAGAAUUCAAGUUCUUAGAUCGAGCGGCAGUGAUGACAUCCGAGGACUUUGGCUCGGGUGACCAAGCUUUAUGUCACAACCCAUGGCGCCUAUGCACCAUAACACAAGUAGAAGAAGUGAAAUGCAUACUCAGACUCCUCCCCAUUUGGCUAUGCACCAUACUCUACUCAGUAGUCUUCACUCAGAUGGCGUCCCUCUUCGUCGAGCAAGGGGCAGCAAUGAAAACCACCAUUGCAGGCUUCCGAAUCCCACCUGCAAGCAUGUCGUCAUUCGACAUUCUCAGCGUAGCAGCAUUCAUUCUCAUAUACCGCCGCUUUCUCAAUCCCCUCGUCUGCCGACUUCAGAAGAAGAAAAACCCGAAAGGGCUAACUGAGCUUCAGAGGAUGGGAGUUGGGCUCAUCAUAGCGAUAAUGGCGAUGAUUUCAGCUGGCAUCGUGGAGUCCUACCGGCUGAAGUACUCGAAAGGAAAUUGCGACGGGUGCAGCAGUCCUAGUUCUUUGAGUAUCCUGUGGCAGAUACCUCAAUAUGCAUUGAUUGGAGCUUCUGAGGUGUUUAUGUAUGUGGGUCAGUUGGAAUUUUUCAAUGGACAAGCUCCUGAUGGACUGAAGAGCUUUGGUAGUGCCCUUUGCAUGACUUCCAUUUCAUUGGGGAACUAUGUGAGUAGCUUGCUUGUGACCAUUGUCAUGCAAAUCACUACAAAGGAUGAUAGGCCAGGUUGGAUUCCUGGUAAUCUUAAUAAGGGCCAUAUGGAUGAUUUCUACUUCCUCUUAGCAGCUCUUACAACCAUUGAUUUCGUGGUCUACCUUGUGUGUGCUAAGUGGUAUAGAUGCAUCAAGUUAGAAAGCAAGUACCAGGACGACAGCUGCGAUGUGUCGAUUGCAAAGGUGUAGGAAUUCUGAUGAACUUUGGGUGAGGCACCUCUUGGAUUUGUGGGUCCCAGUCAGGAUUAAGAUCAAGAGACAUGGGUUGGUUCAUCAAGGGUGUUAGGUUCAGGCCCAUGUUUUGUGGCUACAUCAAAGUGGGCCAUACAGUACUCAUGUAGGGGUUAGGGAGUAGAUUUUACAAGUAGGGGAAAUAAUAACAACAAAACUGAGUGUGACCCACAUGUCUAAGACUCCUUUGGGCCCCCUUUCUUCAAUCUUCCUGUAGUUGGGGUGGUGGGGUCCAUUUUGAGAGAUGGGGUGAUGUUGAAAGGUAUUUUGGAUUCAAUGCUAGUCCUGGGAUGUGGAUGGUUGGGAUGGAUUUGUGAGAGAUGAUGAAGAAGAGAAGGGAGGGCAUGGGGAACUUUUACUGAAUUCCUACAAAUGGUCUCUUUUCAUCAGUUGUGCAGAUAUUACAUAAAUAAAAGUUUCAGUUCUAUGAAAGUAUGUUUUCUA